AGAAGAUGCUUGCAUGAGCUUUGAGGACAAGGAGAGAAAGAAAAACAUUUCUACUAGGGGAGACUGGAGGAGCUCAUAUCAUUCUGUAUUGUUCAGUAGCUGAAAAGGGACACAACUGUCUUCUGAAAGUGUGCUAGGGGACAGAAGGAGAAGAGACAACAGGCAGAAGCUGGCCAGUGUUUCAGGAAGAGCUUUCUAGGAAGAGCCCUAGGGGAUUUCAGGAGGUAUUUCAUAAAGGUACGCUUGAGAUGAUACACUGUCACUUAGAGCAGCAGUGGGAAGUCCCUCCCAGUGCUGUAUUCUGGGCUGGGCCUCUUAUUCCACCCCUAAGAAGUCUGUCAGCUAUUUCCUUUAUCAGAAGGACAGUUUGAGGUUUGAGGGCAUAGCCCACACUCUUAUCUUGUUUCAUGUCUUGAGUCACUCAAGGCUUACUAGAAAAACUGUGAGAUGCUCAGCCCUGCCACAAGAGGACAGGAAAAUGAGUGUGAAGAUGUCAAGCCAUUUACUCCUGAGAAAACCAAGGAAAUUGUGAUGUCUCUACAGCAACCUGCAGUCUUCUGUAACAUGGUUGGUGACUGGCCAGCCCUGCACUGGAAUGCAAAAUAUCUUUCUGCUGUGUUGGAUGGAAAGACAAUCCAGUUUAGGCUAGGCCUGAAGACCAUGGGUUUAGUUCCCCAGUUUGAAACCAGGUGUAGUUAUGUGAAGGCUACACUUGAAGAGUUUUUGGCUUGGAGUUGCGGGCAGCCUUCUUGUCUCUCUGGACCAUUCAGUUGUUACGAAUUCUCUAAAUACUGGGCUUAUGCUGACUACAAAUACAUUGCCAGGAUAUUUGAAGACAAGCCAGAAUUUUUCCAGGAUAUAAGGUGGUCUGACUUUGGUUUUCCUGGAAGAAAUGGGAAAGAGAGCACACUGUGGAUUGGUUCGGAAGGAGCAAACACCCCUUGCCAUUUGGACUCCUACGGCUGCAACUUAGUGUUGCAAGUACAAGGAAGGAAGAGAUGGCACCUCUUCCCACCUGGUGACACCAGUUUCCUUUAUCCCACCAGGAUCCCUUAUGAGGAAUCCAGCGUAUUCAGCAAAGUCAGCGUUACCAAUCCUGAUCUGAAACGCUUCCCCAAGUUUAGGAACACAACAGCCCAUGUUGUUACACUAAGUCCAGGACAGGUCUUGCUUGUUCCAAGGCAUUGGUGGCACAAUGUGGAAUCCAUUGAUCCCAUCACUAUCAGCAUAAACUCUUGGAUUGAACUGGAUGCAGAUCAUGAAGCCCGUGUAGAAGAAGCGAUAACUCGAAUGCUGGUGUGUGCCCUAAAAUCAGCAGAAAAUCCCAGUGAUGGAGAUCCCUGGCUAAAUCCCACAGAGGUUGAGGCAACAUCCCAUGAAAUCAAUCUUCAAUACCUGAAUAAAGCAGUAUCUGCAUAUUUCAAGUGUCAAAAAGCAAGUGAAUCAGAGCAGCCAUGUUCCAGCAGCAGUGAUGCAGAGCAAAGGACAAUUGCCUCAUGCAAAAGGAAGAAAAGGGAAGUUGGCUGUGAACCAGAGGGCUGCAGAUUACUAACCCAUGAGUUUGGCUUUUCAACAUUUAAAGCAGGAAAUCUGCAGAAAAUACCUUUUGGGCCUCAUCUUAUUCAAGUUUUACCACAGUCUCAAGAAACAAGCUCCAUAGGUGCAGUUGCAGUUGAAAGUGACAGUAGAGAGCUUCUCCAUGAAAAUGAAGGAGGGCAUUUUGGAAAAUUACACUGCACAAGGAAGCAACUGGCAAUGAGUAAUGACUGUGAAACGGCUGCACAUCAAAUGGGUUCAGACGGCAGUCCAAAUGCCUCGCAAACAGCCCUUUCUACCACUGAUUUGCUAGACUGUUUAGUUAAUCCGCAUGUCAUCAAUUUAGUGGCUCGGCUGCUGUUGGAGAGAACAAGAGUUUAAUGCUGAAGUGCUUUAUCAUUUCUGAAAUAAAGAAAUCAGAUGGCAGCCUUA